ACAGCCACGUGCAUGAUGCUGUGCUGUGUUGCAGUGUGGGCUAGACUAAUGAAUAAAGUGUCAACUACUCACAAGACAUCUUAGGUCCAUCUGAGUGCCCCCCUCCUACCCCCCAGGUUUAUUCUAUGAAUGAGUUAUUAACCCAUCAUGAAAGGGUCGAGGGUUUUGUUUUUGUUUUUUUGCAGUGAUUUGCCCAUUUUUGGCUUAAUCAUGUGCUUGAUUAGUACACUACUCAGGUUUUACUGGAGUACCUUAAUUUUGGUAAGUUUUUAACACCAGUAACACAAUUGGUGUACAUGUUGUGUAAUGCUGUUUUACACCAUUUUAAGCUUCCAGUUUGGUCCACUAAGUCUCCACACUGCUUGUAGGAGAAAAUAUGACUAUGGCAUGGAACCAAUUUAAGGUUGUAAUUCAUCCUGACAUUCACACGCCUGCCUGAUGUGUGGUGAUGUCCAGUAACAGAUUGAAUUUGGGCAUGGUCUUCAUCCUAAAAAACUUAUUUUAUGAGUGGUGAAACACCAAACAGUGUUGUUGCUCAUCCAUCCCAGAAACCUCUUCAACCAAGGAUGCAGGCUGGAAGCUCCGGGAGGCUUUAAAGCAGCAGCUGGCCAUCAUCCAUGAACGAGUGGAGGCCAAGAAAAUCGCCAAGCUGGCUCUGGCAGAGGUCAGGCAGCUCCUGGCCAAAGAGGAGGAGGAGAAGGAGAUGGAGCUAGGGAGGAAGGAAAUAACGGCCAGAGUAAAGGAAAGAGUGGCCACCAGGCUGCAAGAGGAAGAGGUGAAGAUAGAAAAAGAAGAGAUGGAGAAGGCUCUGGAGAAACUAAGGAAGGAAAAAGCAAAACCACUGGAUGAAAAAAAGGAAGAGGAGGGCAAGGAAGAGAGAGACGGGGAGAAGAAGUCAAAGAAAGGAGUGGAGAAAGAGGAGAAGUCAGAGAAAAAGGUGGAGGGAGAGGGAAAGGAAGCUUGGGAAGAAGACAAGGGGAGAGGGAAAGAGUCCGGCAGAGAAAACCGAAAGAGAAGCAGAGCUGAUAAAUCUGACAAUAGAAGCAGGAAAUAAAG